AUGUGGCUCUUCCGCGCCCUCUCGUCGGCCUUCUUCCUCACGGUCACCGUCUCGUCGAUUCCACUCGCAUUUGAUGUGGGUGGAAAGACGUGCGGCUUGGCCUUUUCGCUUUCUCUGGCGACCUUCUACUUUAUCUUUUCCCUUUUAAAGGUCACCACUCCGGACCGAUCGUGGCUUAGAUCCUCGUUGAUCGUUGUCAUCAGUUCUACGCAAUGGCUUAUUAUCCCGAUUCUCCUUAUCUGGUCGCUGAAUCGAUUCUCCAUUGAUACGGAUAAUUCUACCUCAUGGGUGGAGCGGACUUUCAGCGGAAAGAGAGCUCAGGACUCGUCGAUUCAGGAAUGGUUGUUUGGUCCCGAUGGAUUGGUGGAAACCGUGACGGUUGGAAACUGGGAAAAACUUUUGCGAUGGUCAACCCCAGUUUUUCAGCUGGUAGAGGGAUUUUGCAGUCUAUUGGUCAUUCAGGCUGCAGGACAAAUCACCAGAUGGUUGGUCAACCGUGGUGGACGCAGUGAUAGUUGGAUGAUCGGCCUAUUGGUGAUGUCCGCUUCGAUUAUAUCCAGUUCCGUUUACUUCCUCUGGCGAGUCCUCCAGUUUCCCGAGAUUUCAAAUGUCGACGCAGCUCUGAUUGGCGUUUCCAUCACGUGUGCCGUGAUCUUGUGUGCAUGGGGGAUCGGCAGCGGCCGUGGAAAUCCAGUGGAAAGCUCUCUCUUGUUUGCCUAUGUCGUCCUGUGCAUUUAUCAAAUCUUUACCGAUUACAAGCCCUCGCAUCCAGUCGAACAGAUUCCGUCGCCAUCGCAAGCAGGAGAUUUCCCCCCUCUGCCUCCUAUCAUCAUGGCGUCUUACACCACCCUCAUGCACGCGCUGUCCCUCCUUCCCUCCAUCAUCCAUGCAGCUUUCAACGUGAUCAACGCGGUUUUUGGUGCAGUGACACCAUCUGUUCUUAUCUCGCUCGCCUAUCGUCUCUUAGUGCUCUAUGCCUCGACACGGAUUAUCCCAGCUGUUCGUGAAUCUGGAGCCCGUGCCUUGUUCCAAGAAGCUUCUCUGGAUGACUCUGAUGCGGCGGGUCAGUUCCUGGGAUUCCUCAGCUACUUCUCUCCCUCUAUUCUUAUCUCGGUUUAUACAAGUCUUUUAAUGCAGCAUUUUUCCUCAACCUCCGAAGCAAUGGGAGGUAGCGGUGAAUGGUGGAGUACCCAAGGAGGUGGCGGGGGAAAUUUCUGGAGAUGGAUUAACCUCGCCUGCACGCUGGGGUUAUAUGCUGUUGAACUAUAUCUAGGUGAAAACGACAGCCUCGACACCGGUCUAGCAGGUCAUUGGAAGGCAGACUGA